AUGUCGCGGCGGCUGUCGUUGCCGGCGGGCUCGCCGGUGACGGUUACCGUGUCGCCGCGGGGAGGGAAGGCCGCUGCUGCCGGUGGCGGGAGCCCCGGGGAUGGGGUGGUGAGGAGGUCUUCCGGGAUCACGAGCCCGGUCUCCAGGCACUCGAUCGGCUCCUCCACGGCCACGCUGCAGGUCUCCCCCGUGCGCCGGAGCGGCGCCGGGGGCAGCCGGUACGCGUCCAGGGACGCCGCCGCGGACGGGAGCGCCGAGUUCGUGCACUACACCGUGCACAUCCCGCCCACGCCGGACAGGACGACCACCACGGCGUCCGCCGCCGCGUCCAAGGAGGACGCGCCCGCGGCGGCGCAGCGGAGCUACGUCUCCGCCACCAUCUUCACCGGCGGGCUCAACUGCGCCACGCGGGGCCACGUGCUCACCCCCGCCGGCGCCGACGGAGCCGGCGCCGCCGCGUCCGCGAACCUGUCGUGCAAGAUGCGCGGCUGCGACAUGCCGGCGUCGCUCCGCCCGCCCUGCGAGUGCGGCUUCAUGAUCUGCCACGAGUGCUACGCGGACUGCGCCGCCGCCAGCGCCAACUGCCCGGGCUGCAAGGAGCCCUACUCCGCCGGGAGCGACACGGACGACUCCGUCGACGAGGAGGAGGAGGACGACGAGGCGGUGUCGUCGUCGGAGGAGCGGGACCGGAUGCCCAUGACCUCCGUGGCGAAACGGUUCUCCUUGGUGCACUCCGUCAAGAUGCCCAUGGCCAGCACCAACGGCAAGCCCGCGGAGUUCGACCACGCGCGCUGGCUCUUCGAGACCAAGGGCACCUACGGCUACGGCAACGCCCUCUGGCCCAAGAACGGCCACGGCGCCGCCGGGGCCACCACCGGCUUCGUCGGCAUCGAGGAGCCGCCCAACUUCGGCGGCAGCUGCCGCCGCCCACUCACGAGGAAAACCAGCGUCUCCCAGGCCAUCCUCAGCCCUUACAGGAUGCUGAUCGCGAUCCGGCUGGUGGCGCUGGGGUUCUUCCUGUCAUGGCGCAUCCGGCACCCGAACCCGGACGCGAUGUGGCUGUGGGCGCUGUCGGUGACGUGCGAGGUGUGGUUCGCCUUCUCCUGGCUGCUCGACAGCCUCCCCAAGCUCUGCCCGGUGAACCGCGCCUGCGACCUCGACGUCCUCGCCGACCGCUUCGAGCGCCCCACGGCGCGCAACCCCAAGGGCCGCUCCGACCUGCCCGGCGUCGACGUCUUCGUCUCCACCGCCGACCCGGACAAGGAGCCGCCGCUCGUCACCGCCAACACCAUCCUCUCCAUCCUCGCCGCCGACUACCCGGUCGAGAAGCUCGCCUGCUACCUGUCCGACGACGGCGGCGCGCUCCUCACCUUCGAGGCGCUCGCCGAGACCGCCAGCUUCGCGCGCACCUGGGUGCCAUUCUGCCGGAAGCACGGCGUCGAGCCGCGCUGCCCCGAGGCCUACUUUGGCCAGAAGCGGGACUUCCUCAGGAACAAGGUGCGCCUGGACUUCGUCCGAGAGAGGAGGAAGGUGAAGCGGGAGUACGACGAGUUCAAGGUGCGCGUCAACUCGCUCACGGAGGCCAUCCGUCGCCGCUCUGACGCGUACAACGCCGGCGAGGAGCUGCGCGCCAGGAGGAGGCAGCAAGAGGACGCCGUAGCGGCCGGUGACGCGCUCGGAACGGCUCCGUUGGCAGAGACUGGGGCAGUGAAGGCGACAUGGAUGUCUGACGGUUCCCAGUGGCACGGCACUUGGCUCACCGGCGCCAAGGACCACUCUCGCGGUGACCACGCAGGCAUCAUUCAGGCAAUGCUUGCGCCGCCGACGUCCGAGCCGGUGCUUGGCGGCGAGCCAGCGGAGUCCGGCGCGCUGAUCGACACUACCGGCGUGGACAUCCGUCUGCCUAUGCUGGUGUACGUUUCGCGCGAGAAGAGGCCAGGGUACGACCACAACAAGAAGGCCGGCGCCAUGAACGCGCUGGUGCGGACGAGCGCCAUCAUGUCCAACGGGCCCUUCAUCCUCAACCUGGACUGCGACCACUACGUGCACAACUCGGCGGCGCUCCGGGAAGGGAUGUGCUACAUGCUCGACCGCGGCGGCGACCGCAUCUGCUACGUGCAGUUCCCGCAGCGGUUCGAGGGGAUCGACCCCAACGACCGGUACGCCAACCACAACCUGGUCUUCUUCGACGUGGCCAUGCGCGCCAUGGACGGGCUGCAGGGCCCCAUGUACGUCGGCACGGGCUGCAUCUUCCGCCGCACCGCGCUGUACGGGUUCAGCCCGCCGCGCGCCACGGAGCACCACGGCUGGCUCGGGAGGAAGAAGAUCAAGCUGUUCCUGAGGAAGAAACCCAGCAUGGGGAAGAAGACGGACAGGGAGAGCGAGCACGAGUCCAUGCUGCCGCCCAUGGAGGACGACGACCACAACCAGCUCAGCGACAUCGAGUCAUCCACGCUGAUGCCCAAGCGGUUCGGCAGCUCGGGGAUGUUCGUGUCAUCGAUCCCGGUGGCGGAGUACCAAGGGCGGCUGCUGCAGGACAUGCCAGGGGUGCACCAGGGCCGCCCCGCCGGCGCGCUGGCCGUGCCACGCGAGCCGCUGGACGCCGCGACGGUCGGCGAGGCCAUCAGCGUGAUCUCCUGCUUCUACGAGCAGAAGACGGAGUGGGGGCGGCGCAUCGGGUGGAUCUACGGGUCCGUGACAGAGGACGUGGUCACCGGGUACCGGAUGCACAACCGCGGGUGGCGGUCGGUGUACUGCGUCACCCGCCGCGACGCGUUCCGGGGCACGGCGCCGAUCAACCUCACCGACCGUCUCCACCAGGUGCUCCGGUGGGCGACGGGGUCCGUGGAGAUCUUCUUCUCCCGCAACAACGCCAUGUUCGCCACUCGGCGGAUGAAGCUCCUGCAGCGCAUCGCCUACUUCAACGUGGGCAUGUACCCGUUCACGUCAAUGUUCCUCAUCGUCUACUGCGUCCUCCCGGCCGUGUCCCUCUUCACCGGCAAGUUCAUCGUCCAGCACCUCGACGCCACCUUCCUUGUCUUCCUGCUCGUCAUCACCAUCACGCUCUGCCUGCUGGCGCUGCUGGAGAUCAAGUGGUCCGGGAUCACGCUGCAUGAGUGGUGGCGCAACGAGCAGUUCUGGGUCAUCGGCGGCACCAGCGCGCACCCGGCCGCAGUGCUGCAGGGCCUCCUCAAGGUGAUCGCCGGGGUUGACAUCUCCUUCACGCUCACGUCCAAGCCGGGCGGCGCCGAAGACGGCGAGGAGGAGACGUUCGCGGAGCUGUACGAGGUGCGGUGGAGCUUCCUGAUGGUGCCCCCCGUGACCAUCAUGAUGCUGAACGCGGUGGCCAUGGCCGUGGCGACGGCGCGGACAGUGUACAGCGAGUUCCCGCAGUGGAGCAAGCUGCUGGGCGGCGCAUUCUUCAGCUUCUGGGUGCUCUGCCACCUCUACCCCUUCGCCAAGGGCCUCCUGGGACGCCGCGGCCGCGUGCCGACCAUCGUCUUCGUCUGGUCUGGGCUCAUCUGCAUGAUCGUGUCGCUGCUCUGGGUCUACAUCAGCCCGCCCGCCGGCGCCAGGGAGGGCAUCGGUGGAUUCAGCUUCCCCUAG